ACUACUUCUACUAACAGAAGUGCUACCCAAUCGAGGGCAGAGCUUGUCGUACAAAAGGUCUACGAUGCGAACUCCUCUGCAAAGACCCUAUUGGAUAAGCGAAGGCAGCAUGCUUGCUUGGCAAAACAAGGAGAGCCCCUCUAUUCCCUGAGAAGAUAUAUCGGUACAUGCUCCUAGGAAAGGCUGGCCAGACCGGACCCCUAGAUGACCCGGCUUCUACUAUCUUAAUCUGCAGCUACAUACUCAACGUUACGUCUCGCCAAAAUCUAGGGAUAGCCUCUCCUAGUUCGCCAAGGACUAUAGAAAACCCUAAAAAGUCAGAGAAAUUAUUCGACCUAAAGCUAAACUCGGCCCCGGCAUGCUAUAGUGCUACGGCUAAAGUCAAAGGGGCCACUCUACAGCUGGCCGCCACCAUUGGCAACGGCUCUAUAGGAAGCCCUGACGACAUUAUAGGCCUGCUAGAGGGCAUAGAGAGGUUCUUCGACGCCAAAGACAACUGCGACAAGAACUUCCUGUUUGCCUGGCACAAGAAGACGGCCGCGAGCGUCUACCUCGGCACGGCUCUUGGCAAGCCCACCGUUGCGUCAGCCGUCAGAGCGCUCGCUAGCCGCCUUCACGGCGCUUGUACCGCUAAUGGAAACAUGAACCUCGAGCCUGCUAGGGAGCUAAAGGGCGCAAGGGUAUUUGAAGUCAAGGGAGCGCCGAUGGUAGGAGGUAGCGACGAUAACAACAACAGGACGAAGAGGGCCACCUGCUGCUAUAUUCAUAUUAUAUCGGGCGAUAGCUACGGCACCCUUAUAUCCCGGUGCGGCAUCUCGGCUAUAGACUUCUAUAAGUAUAACCCGGCGGCGAAUCUCUGCGGCACCCUUAUGCCGGACGACUACCCAGACUUGGACGGCACCUACGCGAUAUACCUUAUCCAGAACAGGGAUAUAUACGAGAUACUGGCCAAACGGUACUAUGUCACCGGCUGGACCGAGUACAGGGACAUGCUACUCGGCUAUAACAUGUGCAUCAGCGACGGCUUUGCUCCCUUGCCCCUGCCCCAGGAGGGGGCCAGCUAUGGCCCGCUGGUUCCCGGCAUACAGUUUCCGCCCGACUUUGACCGGUGGAGGAACGCACUGGGCGAACUUAACCCCUGCCCGCUCAAGGCGUACUGCAGCAACUGGGGCUUCUAUAGUCCGUUCCCUGCCCACUGCAAGAUCCACGCGCCCGAGGGGGGCGGGCCGGGGAGCAAGGAGAAGGGCUACCAGAGCACAUGCGUCUCUAACUGCGGCACCGACAUCAAGGUCAACUCGGGGCCGCCCGCCGCCUUCCAGCGGAUCAGCUACUAUGAAUCCUACAAUAUAAAGCGCAAGUGCUUGUGGCUCGGCUCCAAAAGAGCCAACACAGAUGGCACCUACACCUACAUCCACUGGGCCUUCGCCGAGAUUGAUCCCAACGGCUGGAAGGUUGUUCUCACCGAUCCUUACAACCAGUGGGCCGACUUCAAGGCUCUCCCUAACGUAAAGCGCAUCCUCGCGUUUGGCGGCUGGGCCUACUCGACCGAGCUGGCAACGUUCGGCAUCAUCCGCGCGGCCAUCCUCGAUCACGGUGCCGAAUUCACCAGCAACAUCGCCAAGUUCCUCAACGACGAGGGACUUGACGGUGUCGACAUUGACUGGGAGUAUCCAGGUCCCAUCGGCCAAAAGGGAGACGGCGCCGGAUACCUCACCUUUCUUACGGCCCUGAAGAAAAGGGUCGGCCCCAGCAAGUCCUAUCUGAAGGCGUUUCCCAUCGACCGUAUCGCGGCUGUGAUCGACUGCAUUAUAUUCAUGACCUACGACCUACACGGCCAGUGGGACUAUGGCAACGCGAACGCGUUUGACGCGUAUAAGUCUGGAAAAUACAUCCGGAGUUACGUCACUAAAGCCGGCGUACCUAACAAUAAGAUCUUUGUCGGCGAGGCCAGCUUUGGUCGAACCUUCUAUAUGGCGCAAGACGGCUGCUGGGGGCCUAUGUGCGAAUUCACCGGGACAAGACUGCAGUCAGACGCAAAUCCCGGGCGGUGCACGAAAACGGCGGGCUAUCUUGGCUACGCUGAGAUCCUGGAAAUUGUCUCGCGGAGCGGCGACAACGUCCAGGCCUUUCACGACCACGCAUCGAACACGGAUGUUUUGCUCUACAAGGGAGACUAUGUCAGUUACAUGACCCCGACCUCCAGGGACACUCGACGAGCCGACUGGCAGAAGCUGAACUUCGCGGGCACCGUGGAUUGGGCCGUUGACCUACAGCUCUUUGGCGAGGAGGACAAGGCCGUCCCGCCCACUCUGCCCAACCCGGGGGAGGAGGGAUGCAUCACCGGUGAAGAUCUCACUGCUAAUACGGCUGAGCUUUGCGAGUUUGCGUACGCCUAUGGCUUUUGCCCACCCACUCUUUGUAGGUGUACUGACACGGGCCGGGUUCCGCCCUUCCCACCCGAGAGCAAGGGAGUGAACAUAUCCAACAUCAUAGCCUGGGACGAAGACGAUGUCGAACUCAACCAGCUCUGCAAAUUUGGAUGCAAGUAUAGCUACUGCCCCAGUUCCGCUUGCACGACACCGAUUGUCGACGUCGACACCGGCGACGAUCCCGAGGACGACAUGAACGACCCCAACUACGUCGAUACCGGAGAUAUUCGCUACCAAAACCAGAAGUACUGCUACCUUUCACAGGAUCCACGAGAGUGGGGACCAGCAGUAGCGCAGUGCAAAAACUGGUGCACGCCGUACAUCGAGCAGGCCGCAGACGAGGGCCGGACUACGAACUACGGCUGCGUGGUCUGGCAACCAAAAGGCGCACCGGAUCCGUAUCAACCGAUUUCCGGAAUGCCAGGCAAAUGGGCGAAGGGCGAGUGCAACUGCGAUAACUUUCUCAUCAACGAGAUCGCCGACACGGUGCUGGAGGCCAUGCCCGCCAUUGCUCAGAUUGCCUGCUACGUCGUCAUGUCAUCAUUCAAAUUGGUCCUCGAUGUUGGGACGAGUCUUGCUACAGGUGGAGCAAGCCGGGUUCUUAGUGGCGGUUUAGAUAUGCUCGCCACGGCGGCCGAAAUGGCUUCAUACAUCUACCCGGCGAACGAAGAUCCCGCAGGAGCUUUCUCGUGGUGGCUCUCGCCCUACGGAGGCACGGAUCUCGUUCCGGAUGAUAUCAAGAAGGUUUUCGACAUCCUCAACUCCCUUCCGGAUGGUGUGUCAAGCUUCAGGGUGCCGAAGAAUAUUCCCAAGGGGUCAGGGAGGAAAGGAGAUUCCGGCAACCCCCACGACCAGUCCACGCCCCGAGCACCGGGUCCCAUUGGAGGCGGCGGCUCCAAGCCGAAAUGCAGGGUACCUGUAUCCAAGCAGACGCAACGACUGAUGCCGGCCAAGAACACCGUCUGGGUGAUAGAGUGUGUCAGAGACCGAACCAAAACGACAGAUCAAGUCAAACGGAGGUGCCUAGCGGCCUGGACGCAUGCAUGCUACCAUUAUAGCUCGGCCAUCAGCGUGAAUAACCAAUGGGCAACUUUGGCUUGCCCGCCGGAGGCCGGGAGGGUGUCCAAGCAACGCGACGACGACUCGCCAGCUAUGGAAACCUGGGCGGCGGAGCACAAGGGCGCUGGCUGGAAGGAUACAGGAUGCGACAGAGACGAGUUCCCUCCGGCAUAUCUACUAAACGACCAAAUGCAUGAGUGGAGACAGGGUGGCAAGCAGAGCGACGCGCAGCUCGUACGGCUCCUCCCCAACAAGGAGAACCAGGGUGCUGGCGGCAUGUGGAAGGGUGCAUGCUUUAGGGAACCGCUCCUGGACUUGUCCGACCGCACUUUCAAGGACAAGGUUGUAUUGGCCAACGUGAACAACCCUAGAGUACUGGUACAGAACGCGGACAAGACACAAACCUUCGCCGCCAUCACCGUCCACCAGUGGCCCGAGUUUACCAUCACCGCGUGGGACCACGCCGCCAACCCGCCCAACGAUGAUGGCCUGUAG